GUUCGGUGAGGAUGCUUGUGUUUUCCCUCGCUCUGACGGCGCAUUGAGGCCAAUGGGGGAAAUAACUCUUCAAAAGGGGUGCUCUUAACGUGAAGGACCCAGGGAUGAUGAUCCUAGCUGACCAACAAUAUCUGUGUCUCUGUUCAGCAGAUACAAUACUAGGAACAGGGUGCUAAUGGAACAAUCCAGUACUGCAAGAACUGGAACAGAGGGCUUGGAUAAUCUCUUCAUAUCCCAGUUCCGAAGCUGGCCCAAGCAUCUAUCUGUAAGGACUGUACUGUCUAAAGAGCCCCGUGAACUGGAUUUAUUGCAGUUUAGAUUUGCGUUGCACACGACAAAGGAAUACCUCUCCAGCUGUAUUAUCAACUCCACAUGGGAAAAGAAACAGCGUUCUUAUAUUGUAUUAAAAAAAACACUAGAAAAGCUGAAACGAAACAUCUCAAGAUUCCUGGAGACACAUAAUCUUAUAAAGGAUUCAAUGCAGUAACCAGUUAAGAUAAAUAAUGUCUCCACUAGCAGAGCUGAAUGGGAUGCAUGUUUUCAUCUUUUGAAACAUUUUAUUUGCUUAUAUGUACAUCUCUGUUUAUUUAUUUCCUCUUUCUCCUGCCAAUAGCUUUCUGGAUUUCAGUUUGGUUCAUAUAUGUUACUCUCAAUAGUGUUUUGCUAAUGAUUUGCAGAACUGUUUUCCAAUGACUAUAAACCCAUAAACCACCUCUAAUAGACUAGCAUACAAAUUGCUUUUCUUCUUUAUUGUUUGAGAUCCGCAGAGGUCUUUUGGCUCUUGCUCUUGGAGUUUACUGACACAACAGAAGCUGUUGAACAUCACUGAUCUUUCCACGUCAAAUUACCAAAAGCACAAGAGGUAUUACACGCUUCAGCUGAGAGCUGUCUGCCUCUGCUGUUUAACACUGGCAGAUAUCAUGCUGGGGUCGCCCUUUUCUACACAUUGUUGGAUACAAUACAAGCAGAUGGGAAUUGAUGUGGCUUUCAAAUAGAUGUGGCAUUACUUUGCAAGUCCAUUCCUCUAUUGACAUUGCAACAAGAAGCCCAGCAGAAUUGCACAUUGAAAGUGAGAUUUCCAAAAGCUAUCACUUGCAUAUUAAAAGAGCAGCUGUGUUUGCAUAGAUUACAAUAUUGCCUUUUAUAGUAUAACCGUACAAGAAAUAAGACUCCAGUCCUAUUGUUAUGUAGUAAAAAUACCAGCAGUGAUGGGUAUUGAUUAAAUAGUUUUCUUGAAGGACGUUUGGACAGACUUGCAGGGAAGUACGCAUUCUCUGCAACACUGGGGAUAGCUUUCCUUGAAGCCUACCACCUGGGGGAUACAAUUAAUAGUUGAUUAAUCAAAUUUAGAAAUGUUCUUCUACAGUACUACAGACUAGGGUUGGUGUUACUUUGUUCGUCUUGGUCCAGCAGCAGUUUUUUUUUAGCAGCAAGACUACUUCUCACAUUGCAGUCCCUCCUGGAGCAUGGCGCGAAGGGCGGAUGAAGGCUGCUGCGCGGUCCUGCGUCUGAAUGAAGACAACGCUCGCUUCGGCCUGCUGGCGACGCUCAUCCUGCUGUACCUGCUGUGCGGGGCGGCUGUCUUUUCUGCAAUUGAGCACCCAACAGAGCUGAGGGCAAAGAAGCUGUGGACCCAGCAUCUGCACAACUUCACAGAGACUCACGGCAUCAGCGGGGAGGACCUGAAGGCCUUUCUCAGGACCUACGAGGAGGCCAAUGUGUAUGGGAUCCGCGUCGACGCGCUCAGACCACGCUGGGAUUUCCCUGGGGCUUUCUACUUCGUGGGAACAGUGGUGUCCACUAUAGGUUUUGGCAUGACGACUCCGGCCACCAUUGGGGGAAAGAUCUUCCUCAUCUUCUAUGGGCUGAUUGGCUGCGCGGCCACCAUCCUCUUCUUCAACCUCUUCCUGGAGCGCAUCAUCACCAUGCUGGCCUACAUCAUGAGAUGGUUCCACGAGAGGCAGCUGAGACGCACUGGGGUCCUCAUGCCCUCGGACCACCGGCGCGACUCGGGCACGUCAGGGGGGGAGUCGGACAGUCUGGAGGGCUGGAAGCCCUCGGUCUACUACGUCAUGUUGAUUCUGGGGGUGGCUGCCUUGUUGAUAGCCUGCUGUGCCUCUGCCAUGUACACUGUCAUGGAGGAAUGGGGUUACUUUGAAUCGCUCUACUUCUGCUUCGUAGCAUUCAGUACCAUUGGCUUUGGGGACCUAGUCAGCGGGCAGAAAGAGUACUAUGUGAAUCAGGGAGCCUACCGCUUCGGCAACUGCCUGUUCAUCCUGAUGGGUGUCUGUUGCAUCUACUCCCUCUUUAAUGUGAUUUCCAUUAUCAUCAAGCAAACCCUGAACUGGAUCCUGAAAAAGCUGGACUGCCGCUGUUGCCGUCACUGCAGGCGGAAGCACCUGCGUCACCACCGCAAUGCGGUGAAUCCGGUGCAGAUCAAGAGCCGUCGGAAUGACGUCUCCGUGGAUACCGUCUGCGACAGUGAGACAGACGGUCGCCGCAUGUCUGGGGAGAUGAUAUCCGUCAAGGACUUUAUAGCAUCCAAUAAGGUCUCCCUGGCUAUCAUGCAGAAGCAGCUUUAUGAGACAGCCAAUGGUGGCCCCCGGCAGAGUUACGCACGGCACAACGGCUUCUCCGGGGGAAUUGGGGCCCUGGCAAUCAUGAAUAACCGGUUGGCCGAGACCAGUGUGGAUAGAUAAGCCUGGAGAUAUCUGAGAAGUCAUAGGAUAGGCAACUGAGGUUCUUUUAAAAGUUCAGGAAGGUGAAAGAAAACCUGCCAUGGAAACGGAGUAACAGCCUGCACAGUGGCUUGUCCAAAGGCCUUGGCUGUCAUGAAUAGCCAACUGGAUGGGAAUGACAUGGAUAGAUAAGCUCAAAGACAAGGAUAGGGAGAUAAGAGUCAAUGACAAGACUUAUGGGACAGUCCAUGAAUGUGACAGAAAGUCUGCCAAAAUAGUAGAGAGCCCCAGUUUCUCCAGAUGCCCUGAAUCCAUGGCUAUUGUGAAUAUCCAACCAACCAAAAGUAGCGCGGUUAAGACAUAAGAAAAUGAACGAAUGAGAAGAGACCACUCAGUCCGUCACUUGAUCUCAAAACGUUGUCAAGUCUUAAAGGAUCCCAAUGAUUCAGUAUUAAUAACAUAGCCAGGCAACCCAUGGAUAGAUAACCCUAAAGAUUAGAAAAGGAUUGAUGGGUUACUGCCAAGGGUUCAAACACUGUACAAACUCAAGGCUGUCAUUGGAAGAGCAGUGAUUGAUGCACAAUGGCUUCUCCAGAAGCGGCUGUCAUGAAUAACAAACUGUCCGAGACUAGCGAGGAUAGAUCAGGGAAGGGUUGAUAACAGGCUGAGGUUGCAGAUCUAUGAGGUGAAGUGCUUCACUGGAGCCAGAGCAAUUGUCUAUCCUUGAUUCCAUUAAGAGAAAAUAGUCUUAAUUUAUUUUUCUUGCACAGUGGUCCUGAUAUGGUAGCACAAAAGUACUGAUGGUACCAUGGUUCUAGAGUGGAUUACAUAUGGAAAUGUUACCACUGUACCAUGCUACCAGUGGUAUACACUUCUACCUACUCUAGUCUACUUCUGCCCGUAGUACAGAACUAUUGCAAUUGUGGUUCUUUGCCUUGCCAUUGAAGACCAUUGGGUAAAUUAGUCUGAUUUCAGGAGCUUUGAGCUACCUUCAGGCACCUGUGUUCAGUCGUAACUGCAUUUCUCUCUUCCUUUCAUGUAGACUUGCCAUAGAGAUCAGUAAGAGUCAAGGCCAUCUUGCUCACCUGUCUUUCUGAAUAUGUAUUUUGUGCUGAACCAUUAUUGCAAUAAUAUAGAAGAAGAUCAAAUGUAAUUAGAUGCUAUUGAGUCUGUAACAUAGUCACUCUUCAAAAUGUGCAAAGAUUUAUUAUUUAAAUAUGGUUAUACUAAUUCCCAAGGUCACUGAUAUGCCAAGACAGAUAGUGCCAAGCAACGAUCAAGGCCAAAGAAAGACCCAUUGAUUUGAAACACUAUUUUGAACAGUGAAAGCCAUUGAAACAGGAGGCAACUUUUCAAGCAACUAGUAGGAUGGUUCAUUCGUAACUAAAAAGCACCAAAAAAUUGUGGAAAUUCUUUGACAAACAUUUUAGACUACAUGCAUUCUCAGAGUUGGGGGGUAAUGCAAUACACAAUAGAAAACAUUUUAACAACGGGAACUGUUCAGCUGCAUUUUGAUGGUAAAUCUUGGGAGGAAGUGUGAAAAAUGUGCUAUAAUAUUCAUAGUCAUCACCGUAGCUUUAAGAAUGAGAUUAUGGAAUCUUGAGUCUCCUUAAGGUUGCUAGGAGACAGAAUGCCAAUGGAGCCCUACCCCAAUUACUGCUUCUGUUGGACCAGGGUAGGGGUCUGCUCGUGUGGAGGGCAGUGAUUGUCUUUGUGAAUUGAGAUACGUGUCUACGGAGCCUGCAUAAUCUUUCUUAUUCACGGUGUUAAGAAGCAAACAAUUGCAUUGGGCUAAAAAAAAAAAAAAGAGUUGUUUUUUUAGUGUUUCCAACCCAGCCCCGAACUAAAGCGCUGUCUCCUCAACAGCAAUAAAUCGAAAUGAUAAAAAGCACAUGUUUGGGUUUGUCUGUCGCUGUUAUUAAAGACUUUUAACUCUGAAACACACAUUUUUUGACAUUUUAGUACUG